AAAACUGAAGUGUUUUCUCUGUAUGCAGUCUGAAGAACAACUGUAUCACAGAAGGAGGUUGUCAUGUUCUGGCUGCAGCUCUAAAUUCAAACCCUUCAAAUCUGACAGAGCUGGAUCUGAGUGAGAAUAAACUAGGAAACCCAGGAAUGAAGAUCAUCUUGACUCUGUUUGAAAAUGUACAGUGUAGACUGGAAAAGCUGAAGUUAAACUGCAUCAGUAUUACAGAUGAAGGUUGUGCUGCUCUGGCAUCAGCGUUUAAUUCAAACCUCAGAGAGCUGGAUCUGAGCAGGAAUCAAAUAGGAGACACUGGAGUGACAGAAAUCUCCAGUCUGCUGAGAAAUUCACAGACACUACAGAUACUCAGACUUUCAGACUGCAGUAUCAGUGAAGAAGGUUAUAAAGCUCUGUCUUCAGCUCUGAGAUCAAACCCUUCACACCUGAUAGAGCUGGAUCUCACAGGAAAUGAUCCUGGACCAUCAGGAGUGAAGGAGCUCAGUGAUUUACUACAGGAUCCAAACUGUCAACUCAACACACUGAGGUGAGA